AUGCUUCGGCUCGUGGCUCUCGUCAUCAGCAUCUCCGUGCUCUUCCCGUGGCUGAGCUCCGAGCGCCGGGGACGCAUGCGGAUUUUCUUUCUCCACUGGGCCAGCGGCGUCAUGUAUGUCAUGAGCCAGUUCAUCAUGUCGGUGAUGGUGCUCAACUGCUGGAGCUCCAGGGAUGACUCAGGCCCCUUCAUCUAUUUCCUCAAGUUCUUGGAGCUGACGGCGUUGAACUUGUGGUCAAUCUCCAGCCUCGCCAUUGCCAUUCUCAUCGCGAGCAUCGUUCAGUCGUUCGUCAAGCUUAGAAGAGUACCGACGAUGAUCGGGUCCACGCGGGCGGCCUGCGUUUGCCUGGUGCUGGCGAUUUUAGCCACGGUUCUUUCUGCGGUCUUCUGGAACGGCGUCCUCAUCACGGGCGGGUACUUCUGGGUGACGAACACCGGCAACGAGAGCCAUGGUCGGUGGAUCUCCCUGUCCUUCGGGGCAACCCAAACCGUGGCGGGCAUGCUGAUGGCGCUGGCGGUACUGUUCACUGUUUCGGGGGAGAGGUUCUCGAGCCUUAAAGUGUGCUGCAAGACGAGUCAACGCGUCAAGUUUCACUUCAUCCUGACGAUUUUCGGGACGUUCGUCUACCUCUACAAUGGGAUCGUCCUCAUGUUCGACGAGUUCUCUGACUUCAAGAUAUCUAAGCGCCUGGUGAUCAUCGGCUGGUGCUCGCGGUACGUGCACGUCAUCGCCGACACCGGCAUCAUCUUCGGGGCUUUCUACGCUCUCGAGAAGAAAGAGGAGGAAGAGUCGUUGCUACGGCGCGAGUCGAACAGCGGCGGAACCGGCGAUUGCAACGGCACCUCUGCCUCGAAGGCUAGACUCGGAGUGCUCAGGUUUGGAAACGACGACAACAACAUCAGCGGCAACCUCGAGGCAGGUUUAGGGCGGGGCCCCACAGAAUGCAUGGGCGGCGGUGGAGAGGUGUGUCCCAACGGCAGCAGAAAAAACGGAUCAUCCGUUCUUUUCCUUUUUUCCCCUGUGGGGACGCACAACAUGGACUACAUUACGAAGGGCUGGUACCCUGUGGGAUAG